CUUUCUGUGAUAACUACAUAUGCAGACACAGUCGAUUCUUCGGUUAGAAUGCAUUUCCGUUCCGAAAACAAAGAGUCACUAGAAACAUUAUCAGAAUAUGAAGGCACGAUUACAAUCCUGAGAAAUCAAAUGAGUUCAUUAGAAGCCGAGCUAGAGAUGAUACAAGAAGAAAAAGCCAAGGAGAGGAAAGAAAAUCAGUUCAAAGUCAAUGAAUUACGCUCGGAGAUUGAAGUAGUUUUAAAGCAAUUAAAAGAUCUGAUGGAUUCUAAACUCACCUUGGAAACGGAGAUUUCAACCUACCGCAAGCUCCUUGAUGGAGACGACGACAGGAAGAACCUUGAUGAAGUGGUGACUCCAGUACAUGAAUACCAAACACACAGUGAGAAUGUACAGGCUAAUGCACUGGGAAAUGAGUUAAGUAGGUGUUCUUGGCUUUAUUAUUCAGUCAUCACGUAUACAUAUUUCUUAUUGGGAAGAAUCAGAGUGGAACGCACUACAAAAGGGACUGUGUCUAUCAUUGAAUUAGACCCCGAUGGAAAAUACAUUGAACUUAAAGAUAAGUCUCCAAAGAAUGCAACAAACGUGAAGAAUUGGACAUUAAACCAAACAACAGAAAAUGGUGAGAGCUGCACGCAUACAUUUACAGAUAGUAACGUGUUCAGUUCUAGCAAAUUCAUCAAGAUUUGGGGACACAAACACGGUUCUGUAGAAAGUGGCAUUGUGUCCUCCACAGUCUCGGAGUGGUCUGCAUUGAGUAAUCCAUCGACAAUUACUUUGAAAGACAACAAUAAGAUAUGUGCUGUCUUUGUAUCAAAAUUGACUGAUAUUAUCGCUCAGUUUAAUACCAUCACCUGGACUUUGGAUGUUUUCAGACAAAUUGUAAGAAAAAAGCUAGGUUUUUCACCUAAGGAUAAUCUCGUUCCUCUCACGAAUCUUGGAGGCUCUGAAAACAAUGGUGGAUGUUACAAAAUCUCCACUGAUUAA